AUACAUACAAAGUAUACAUACAUAUAUACGUGUGUUUAUACAAUAUAUGUACAAUUUUAUGACGUAUAAAAUGAUGAACGAUUAUAAGAUAAGGAAAUGUCAAGUCACCUAUUAUCUAAAUAUCAUUUCCAGCAAUUCGUCAUGUGGAUUUCAGUUGUUUUUUGUCUGUGAUUCUGUAUAUUUUCUUAUUCAAUUUAUACGUUUAUAAAAAAUGUCGCGUCUGCAACCUUGUAUUCAAAUACAACUUUCAGAAGAAGAAAUAGAAAGUGUUGUAGAUAAAGCCAAGGAUUGGGCACUUAUGCAUGGUAUCAGUAUGCGAUCAAAAGAAUGUUUUAAUAAAAAUCAAGUACAACUUUUACCAUUCGCUUUCUUGCCAUCGUCUUUUCCUAGAAAAAACUUUCAGAAAGCUAAAAGUAUUCAAAUAUUAUUAAAUGAACUUAUACAUAAGGUAGCACAUAAUGAUAAUUUUUUGAGGAACAGUUUAAAAAGUACAAUUAAUUCUGAUCCAUUCACAGCAAAGUUAUUUGAAAUUUAUGAAACUAUAUGUGACGAAGGAUCUAAUCAAAAUUUAAGUCUUGGCUUGCUUCGAUCGGAUUACAUGUUGCACGAGGAUGAAAUUAAACAAGUUGAAUUAAAUACCAUUGCAAGCAGUUUUGGAGGAAUAGCUCCAAUUAUUACUCAGUAUCAUAAAUAUAUUUUAUCAGAACUGGGACAUGCAGAUAAAAUAAAAGAUAUUCCAGAAAAUAAUCCCAUUAGCGGUCUUUGUAAAGGAUUAACACAUGCGUGGAAAUUAUAUAACAAUAAUGAGGGGGUAAUAUUAUUUGUUGUUGAAAAUAUUACUUAUAACGUAUGUGAUCAAAGAUUUCAUGAAUUUGAAAUACAUAAAAUUAAUCCAAAUAUCAAAGUAAUCAGAAGAAGUUUAAGAAAUUUAGUAUCUGAAGCGAAAUUGGGCGCCAAUAAAGAAUUAAUAGUUGGAAAAUCAGAAGUUUCUGUAGUCUACUUUCGCUCUGGUUACGAAGUUGAAGCUUAUCCUACUGAGAAAGAAUGGUCAGUUAGAAUGUUGAUAGAACGUUCUCAAGCAAUAAAGUGUCCAUCGAUACAUUAUCAUUUAGCUGGUACUAAAAAGGUACAACAAUCUUUAGCACAUCCCAAUGCACUUAGUAUUUUUUUUAAAGAUAAAGAUGCAAUAAAACAAGUACAAGAAGUAUUUGCUGGACUUUAUUCGUUAGAAUUUAACGAAGAAGGUGAUAGAAUUAUUGAGAAGGCUAUGUUAGAGCCAAAAAGAUAUGUCCUUAAACCACAGAGAGAAGGAGGUGGAAAUAAUGUCUAUAAUGAAGAUAUAAAGUUGCAUUUAGAGUCGAUGAAAAAUUCAGAGGAAAGAAGUGCUUGGAUACUUAUGGAUCGUUUUUAUCCUCCGGUACAAAAAAGUUACAUUGUACGUGCUCAGAAUGAGCCAUUUAAUAAUUACCUUCGUUUCUUUGAUGUUGUGUCAGAACUUGGUGUUUAUGGUGUUGUUAUAGGAGAUCGUGAAAAAAUUUUAUAUAGCGAAGAAGUAGGACAUGUUUUGAGAACUAAACCUUCAAAUGAAAAUGAAGGUGGUAUAGCUGCAGGAAUUGGUGCCAUUGAUAGUCCUUAUCUUAUUAGUUAACGUCACUAAUGUUUUAUAUAGUUAUGAACAAUUUCAUACGCUUUCUGAAUAGAGAAGAUUAUAUUUUAAACAAUAAAGUAGAUAUUUCAAUUACAUUAUAAAAUAAAAGAUAUUAUUGUGAUAAAUGCACAUUUUCCUUAAUGGUAUUAUAAGCUAAUAAUGAAAUAAGGGAAACCAAUGUUGAGAAAAGGAGUACAAAAUAAAAAAAUUUAUACCUA